CAGAGUCUGCUGGUGCCAGGCACCCCUCAUGCCCGGUGCCAGCUCCUGGACGUUUGGAACAGGAGACCCCAGACAGUGCUUGCCUGCAACCCCCAUACAUAGCCCGAAAGGUCCCUUUGAAUCCUAAGCCACAUUGCAACCUGGAAGACACGUUGCCCCACCCAGCAUCCUUCCCCAUGGCAGAGGGGGCAAAGGGCGAGCCUGCCACCCCAGAGCCAGUCCUGCCAGAGCCAGCUCAGAUCCUACCUGAGCGUUCCUCUGCCAGGAAGACCCGCUACAACAUCACUGUCAUCCUGCAAGGGUGUGGGCAGGCACCUGGGGAGGAGGGUGAGGAGCCCAAACCGGCCCAACCAGCUCUCCACCCCUUCUGCCCUGAGGAAUCCAGGGGCUGGCAGAAUGCUUCCGAUGGGCCCCACCCCAUCACAGGGUGCAUGACUGAACCGCCCCAGGAGCCCUGGCUAAGAGCGCCCCAUCAGGAGAGCACAGCCCAGCGGCAGGAGCUUCAGACCCCCUGGACACCUGGGUUCCCACACAGACGGGAGCUGGGCCGCAGUGAGCCAAGGACACUUCAGGAUAGGUUGCUGGAGCCCCACAUGGAGGAGGCAGGCGGGCCCCCAGCUAGGGCUGAGGCCCGAGUGGUGAGUGCCAGACUGACAUGGCGGCAGCGGCCCCCUGCCCAGGAAGAGAUCAGACACCAUUUUCACAAGGUAUCCCUGGUGUCAGAGACCCCGAUGGAAGCUCCCCAGGAGGAGAUAUUUGGGUACCGCCACCAUGGAGAGGAAGUCAAUGGCUUUGCUGCACGGGAAGAAGAGACUAUGAAUCACCAAGGUCCCCAGGAUGGGGCUGACUCCAACAGCUUCCAGAGCCAUGGGCCCAUCUUUUCCAAGAAGUACACACUACCAUCCAAGGAGAAAAGGCUGGUGAGGAGGCUGAAAGAGGCUGUGGACCAGGUUGAUGGCAGCCCCCAAGACCCCAGAACUGAGCCCCCAAGCCUGGGAGCCACAGCCAGGACUGAGUUUUUGGUGCCGCUGCCUGGGCCCCGGGAGCCGAGCCCCCACCCAGGGGUGAGCUUUGAGGAACGGCGGGUGACACGCUCUGUGCGGACCACUGUGGUGAUGGGCGGGCACGUGAACCGACGAGUGAGCAGCUCUGUGACCUUGGGGCCAGUGCUCCCUGGGGAAGCCCUGCCAAGGGGCCGCAGUACUGUGCGCACGGUCCGGACAGUGUUGGUGGGCCCCAAGGUUGAGGGCUCACCCAGCCGAAGUCAGGCCCUAGAGCUGCUAAGCAGCCUUAUACCUGCUGAGCGAAACCCACCUGCCAACCAGCUUCCCAGGCCCAUGGCUGCAGUGCCAAGGAGUCCAGGUCUGGACAGGACAGGGGGCACAGCCCUGGGACAGCUGUCUGAGAUGGGGACAACAGAGCCAGAAGACAGAUCUGCCCUGGCCCCUGCAGGCAUCCCAGAAGGUGCUCACCCACCUGAGAACCACGAUGUCUCUGCAGCCCAUGCAGACCAAGACCACGGCCGAGCCUGGGAUGCCAGGGCCCAUGAGGUCCCAAGGGUGCAGGAAGCCUCCAGCCCCACCCAGUUCCCUCUCCAGACCCACACCACCUCUCUGGGCCUAGUCCAACCCCCUGAGCAGCCUAUGGUGCCCACUCACUCCAGGACCCAGCUCACUCUUGAUCUCAGGGCAUCCAAGGCCCUGCCCUCUGUAGAAAGGGAAGGGCUCACAGAUCCCCCUGCUGCCACCAUCAUGCCCAUGGUAAGGAGUGAGGUUGUUACAGUCCCUGAACUACCUCUUGCUCCAUCCUCUGCAAGAAGGAAGGCUGACCCCAGCCCAGGAAACCUUCCUACUCCAUCUUCCCCAAAGAAUAAGGUUGUUCAGGACUCUGAAAAUGUCCCUACCUUCUCCCUUACCCAGAAAGAGAUAGUACAGGCCCUUGGUAUUCCUGCUGACCCGUCCCUCACCCAGAAAGAGGGUGUGCAGGGUCCCAGUGAUCCUGCUGCCUCAUCCCCCAAAACAACCAAGGGUGUCCAGAGCCCAGAAGGAAGACCUGACACUCCAAAAGAGGCUGUCCAGGCCAUUGAAGGCAGCCUUGCCCCUUCCCUUACCAAGGAAGAGUCUGUUCAAGGCCUGACUGCUCCUGCUACCCCACCCCCAAAGAAUGAUAAGGUUUUCCAGGAUUUUGAUGAGAGCCCCUUCUCAUCUCCCACACAAAAAGAGGUUCUCCAGGGCCCUGGUGCUUCUGCUAUUCCAUUUUCCACACAGAAAGUGGUUGUACAGGACCCGGCUGUUCUCCCUGUUCUCUCCUCCUCAGUGAGCCCGGUGCCUCCCAGCCCAGGAGGCCCCCCUGCCCCAGUGCCGAUGGGAACAGAGCCCAGCCUGGAGUCCCAGCUUGUCCCCGACUCCACCAAGGGCAAGGUGCUUCCAGAACCAUUGAGGGAGGAGGAGGAGGAGAUGGCCCUGGCAGCCGACCUGGAGAUUUUCCUGGAUACCCUGCGGAGCAUGGAGACCCCUGAGAUCCUCCGCACUCACCGCCUGCCACGAGCCCCCCGAUCCUCCUACCUGACCGUGUACGCCACGCUGCCCCCCAUUGAGGAGGACCAGCCUGGACCAUGGGUGCUCGGACCCAGUCCCCAGGAGGUUCCUGCACUGGAAGAAAAGGAGGAGGAGGAAGUGGAGGAGGAGCCGCCAGAAAACCCCUACCUAAGUGAAGAUGAGAAGCUCCAGCGCAGGCAGGAGAAAGCCAGUCCCAGCCCCUCCUGGGACUCCCGCCCAGCCAGGCCCCCCCAGGCCACUUGCUCUCCUAUGGAGAUGAUGAAGAAACAUGUCACGGAGGCCAAGGGCUCCCAUGCAGAGCCAGGGCCAGAGUGGCAGCCAAGCAACAGGCCUACUUCCCGUCUUGGAGGCAGCCUUCUCUUUGGGGGUCUGGAACCACUGGGCACAAAACUAUCCGCUCUGCCACCCCAUGGGGCACCAGGGGUCAGGAAGGUGCCAGGACAACUUCCUCUGCUCUGCAGUGAAAGGCCGCUGCCAGAGAAGCCCGCAUGUGCAGGGCCCCUUGAGGGCUGGAGCCCAGCAUUGAAGACCCAGGGCAAGCUGAACACCAGGCCUGGAAAGAUAAUCCUCUUCUCAGAGCCCGGCUGCCAGGGCAGUAGCAGGGAGGUUUGGGACGACAUUGCUGAUGCUUCCGGCUGGGCCCACGUGGCCUCCAUCAGGGUGGUGCGAGGCUGCUGGGUGAUGUACGGAGAACCAGAGUUCCGGGGCCGGAAGCUGGUCCUGCCUGAAGGAGAUGUGGAACUCGGAGCCUCAGAGCCAGGGUGGAGUACCCAGGGCAUCGGCUCCCUGAGGAGGGUUGUCCAGGACUACGUUACCCCAGAGAUCAGACUGUACUCUGAGGAGGGUCUCAAGGGGGAGCAAGUGAAGCUAACCGAGGCCUUAAAGGAUCCCCAGAGCCUGGAGAGGCCCCUGCAGGUGGCAUCUGCUACUGUCUCUGCAGGACUGUGGCUACUGUACCCCAAACCUUUCUUUGAAGACACUCCCUGCAUCCUGGAGCCUGGAGAGUACCCCACCUCAGAGGCUUGGAGUACAUCAAACUCCAGCGUGGGCUCCCUGAAACCCCUGAGACUGGGCUGUCCAAGAGUGGAGAAGCCAGGGGAGCCCAAGGCUGUGGUAUAUGAGGCCCCAGAUUUUCAGGGCCGGAGCUGGGAAGUGAGCGGAGACAUCUACAACCUUCAGCAGCCAGAGGACAGCCACAGCCCCCACCUGGCCUCCGUGGGGUCCCUGCGAGUUCUUGGGGGCUGCUGGGUGGGCUAUGAGAAGGAGGGCUUCCGAGGCCACCAGUAUCUGCUGGAGGAGGGGGAAUAUGCUGAUUGGUCACAUUGGGGAGGCUAUGAUGAGGCGCUGACCUCCCUGCGGGUCAUCCGGACGGACUUUGCGGACCCGGCCGUGGUGCUGUUUGAGGCCAUGGACUUCGAGGGGCACCGCGUAGAGGUGAGCGAGGCAUUGCCGGACGUGGAGCUGGCACGACACGGCCCCCACACGCAGGCUAUCCACGUACUCAGCGGCGUGUGGGUGGCCUAUCAGGAGGUGGGCUUCUCCGGGGAACAGUACGUGCUGGAGAAGGGCGUGUACCGCAACUGCUACGACUGGGGGGCGGGCAACAGCAUCCUCGCCUCGCUGCAGCCGAUCCUGCAGGUCGGAGAACACAGUCUGCACUUUGUCUCAAAGAUUCAGCUGUUUUCGGGCCCCGACUUCAUGGGAGAUCACAUCUCAUUCGAGGAUGACCAGACCUCUUUGCCCGCCUCCUUCCAACCCCAAUCCUGCCGUGUCCACGGCGGCAGCUGGAUCCUGUUUGAUGAGAAGAACUUUGAGGGUGAGCAGCACAUUCUCUCCGAAGGCGAGUUCCCCACUCUCACGGCCAUGGGCUGCCUAGUCUCCACGGUGCUGGGCUCUCUCCGGAAGAUACCCCUGCACUUUUCAGAGCCCUCCAUUUUCCUGUAUGGAUUGGAGUGUUUCGAGGGGAAGGAGAUUGAGCUCAACAAGGAGGUGCGGAGCCUGCAAGCCGAGGGCUUCAACAACCAUGUGCUGUCCGUGCGGAUCCAGGGGGGCACCUGGGUACUGUGUGAGCACAGUGACUUCCGGGGCCGCCAGUGGCUGGUGGGCAGCUGCGAGAUCACCAACUGGCUGACCUACAGUGGGACCCAGAGGGUGGGUUCCCUCUACCCCAUCAAGCAGCGCCGGGCUUAUUUCCGCCUCUGGAAUGCGGCACUGGGGGGAUUCCUGGCAGUGCCAGACCACGUGGAGGACAUGAAGGCGGGCCGUGUGGUGGUCUCCGAGCCUGGAGCUGGAGGCAGCUGCAUCUGGUACUAUGAAGAUGGGCUGCUGAAAAACCAGGUGGCCCCCACCAUGAGCCUGCAGGUGAUUGGGCCCCCCAGCUCAGGCUCCAAGGUGGUGCUGUGGGCUGAGAGCCGCCUGCCCCGCCAGACAUGGAGCAUCAACGAAUCAGGUCACAUCUGCAACCAGAUGUUUGAAGGCAGGAUCCUAGAUGUGAAAGGUGGCCGGGGCUAUGACCGGGACCAUGCGGUGCUGUGGGAGCUGGCGGAGGACAGGGCAUCCCAGAUCUGGACCGUCCAUGUGCUUUGAUACCCACCCUCCCCAGCCCUGGUGGCUUUCCCUGGGAUGAAAUGUUUGUAUAGGUUUUGUUGUUGUAAUAU